CCUUAAAGCCAUAAAUGUGGUUGUUACCUAGAGUGCUAUACCGCCUAUAAAGACAAAUCUGUAUCUGGAAUACAAGGUGGAGAUCAAACAGGUUCCAUACACCAAACAGGAUAUCGUUGAUGUCUUGAACAGAGCUUUGAAGUACUGGAUACAUACCCUGACAACCCGAACCAGGUUUUUUAAAGAUCAAGGAGGUAACUGACAGGUCAUCAGAACUGUACAAGAAAUCUGUUUCUACGUGAAGAUCUGCUGGAGAAGUGGAGAAAGGAACAGUUUGAUGUUCUUCUGAUAGACCAUGUGUAUAUGUGUGGGGAUCUGCUAGCACAGAAACUAAAUCUUUUAUCAUCACCUUUAUAGUUUGAAAAAUGAAAAUACAGUAGUAUCUUGAUAUAUAAGAUAUCUUGUAGAAAACCGUGACUUUUGUUUUAAAACACUUUUCCUUUAUUGGUUAAAAGUAAAGCGGACAAUCUGAUAUCCACUGAUAGUAGUGUGUAGUCAUUCAUUAACUGUGCAAAAACAGGUUAGACAACCCCUUUGUUUUCAUUGUUUCCUGGUUUACCCGUUAUUUCAUUUGAUACAACGAUGAGAAACAGAUCAUGUGCCUUGCUAAUGUUGCUGCUGAGCUUGACUGAAACUGUUCUCAGUGGCAAUGUGUUGGUGCUUCCAGGCGAAUACAGUCACUGGAAGAAUAUGCGUAUAAUGGUUGAGGAGCUUGUGGAGCGGCACCACAAUGUGACCGUUCUCACACACUCUGCCUCACCUACAGUGAACCAGUCUGAAAAGGCGAGGUUCAAAUUCAUGCUUUUUCAAGUCAAUGCUAGUGCAGAGGAGGCAGACAGGGUUUCACAAAAACUUAUCAAUCUCUGGUUGGAUCAAGACAGCACCAUCUUUCAGAAGCUGGCCUUGAUUUGGGACGUGAUGUCAGGGGGGUCGCGCUACAUGCAGGCUGUGUGUGAUGGAAUGUUUAAGAAAGACCUUGUGGACUUGCUAAAGGAGUCACACUUCGAUGUGCUGCUGUACGACCCUAUGAUGCCAUGCGCAGACUUGCUGGCAGAUGUUCUUGAUUUGCCCUUUGUGAUAUCAAUUCGGAUGACUUUUGCUAAUACGCUCGAGCGGCUCUGUGGGCAGAUGCCCGCUCCACCAUCGUAUGUACCUGCAGCUGCCACUCAGGGGCAUCUCACUGAUCGUAUGGACUUUACGGAGCGAUUAGAGAAUGUGAUACUAUACAUAGUACACACAGCAAUGGUCAGACUUCAAAUAAUGUUGACUUAUGAUAAACAUCUCAGCAAAAUUGCUGGCAAACCUACAACGCUGUGUGAAACUAUGAGCAAAGCUGACAUCUGGUUAAUCCGAACUUAUUGGGACUUUGAAUAUCCAAGACCAUUUUUGCCAAACUUUAAAUUUGUGGGUGGAUUACACUGCAAACCAGCAAAACCUCUACCGAAAGAGAUGGAGGAAUUUGUCCAGAGCUCAGGAGAUGAUGGUAUUGUAGUGUUUUCACUGGGAUCCUUAAUAAAAAACCUCACCAAAGAGAGAGCGAAUACCAUCGCUUCAGCACUUGGCCAGAUUCCCCAAAAGGUAUUGUGGGGGUAUGCAGGGGAGAAACCAGAAACUCUUGCUCUUAAUAUAAGAAUCUAUGACUGGAUUCCUCAAAAUGAUUUACUAGGACAUCCUAAAACCAAGGCCUUCAUCACCCAUGGUGGGACUAAUGGAAUAUAUGAAGCUAUUUAUCAUGGAGUUCCAAUGGUGGGCCUGCCGCUGUUUGCUGAUCAGCCUGACAACAUGAAUCACAUGAAAACCAAAGGAGCUGCUGUUACACUUGACUUCUUCAAAAUGGAGAGCAAGGACUUGACACAAGCUCUUAAUGACGUCAUUAGCAAUCCAUCCUAUAAAGAGAGCAUGAUGAGGUUAUCCCGAAUCCAUCAUGAUCAACCAAUGAAGCCACUAGACCAGGCAAUCUAUUGGAUUGAGUUUGUGAUGCGCCAUAAGGGCGCCAAACACCUCAGGGUCGAAGCCCAUAACCUCAUGUGGUAUCAGUACCACUGCUUGGAUGUGGCAGUCUUUUUACUUUCUCUAAUUGCACUGGUUGUGUUCAUCUUUGUAAAAACGUGCAGUUGGCUCUUCCGUAAAAGUUUCAGAAAGACCCCAAGAAAGACAAAGAAAGAGUGAAGCAAGUGUAUGUGAAUGUAUUAAUAAUUAAUGUCAAGUUUCGAAAGAUGCUUUAGAAACAAAACACCAUGUGUGUAUAGACUACAGUAUGGUGUUGAUUUAUCAACAAAAAUAAUGACGAACAAUAUUUGUUGACGACCUUUUUUUUCUGUGACUAAGACGAGAGGUUUUAAAGUGGUUUAACAAUAAAAAGUAAUAAAACAUUAGUCUUUAUUUUUAUCAACAUACACAUUUUUUUCUUCCUCUCCCACCCCCACACCUUAAGUGUGA